AUGCUUGAGCCAGCAGAAUCCACCCAACUUAGAAUUGCCUCUUCAUUCUUCAAGUCCAAGGUCAAGAGGAAGCCUACUCUAGCAUUGCCUGUGCAUAGAAAAGCUAGUGAAAGUGGAAGGAAGACGGAAUUUCUUUAUCAACUUGCCAACUUCUUGUCGGCUGACUAG